UGAACCCCUUUUAUAGGAAUGGUGGAUAUGAUGACUCAGCAUUAAUCGGCACUUAUUGCGGCACGAGUAUUUCAUCAUAUUUCGUAACCCAUGGCAGCCAAAUGUUUGUUAAAUUUUCAACAAACCAAAAAAAUACCUUCCGUGGUUUUCUCAUGGAUUAUAAUGCUGCAGUAACAGGGUGUGGGGGAACGCUCACAACAUCGGUUGGUUACUUCCAAUCACCAAAUUUCCCGUUUGCGUACGACCACAACAGCGCGUGUUCAUGGUUGAUCAAUGUGGCGCAUGGUUCAGGGGUCAGACUUAUCUUCACUGCGUUUGAGGUUUUACCACACGGGGUGUGUGAUGAUGAUUACGUUGAGAUAUUCGACGGACCCUCAUAUGCAUACCCAUCGCUCGGCAGAAACUGUGGUGCCUCUCUACCCCCACCUACUGAGAGUCGUACAAACCAACUUUAUGUCCAGUUUCAAAGCGACCAAUCACAGUCGGGAAGUGGAUUCGUUGCUCAAUACGAUACAAUUUGCAAACGUACGAUUACCACAAGCGAAACCACAUUCAUUCAAUCCAUGGACUAUCCGGACUCCUACCCUCCUAACAGAGAUUGUGAGUGGUUGGUGCAAGGAACUUUGGGAAGCAAGAUGAACGUAACGUUUCGGUAUUUGGACUUGGAAGGUUGCGAGGAGUGUUCAUGCGAUUAUAUUGAGUUAUUCGACGGCUCAGAUGCGGCCACCAGCCCAAAGAUGGGAAGAUAUUGCUCCAGUGCACCUAACCAAAUAAGAACGUCAUCAAAUCACCUCAUUGUUACGUUCCAUACGAAUGCGCAAACUCAGUCGAGUGGAUUCAACAUUCAAGUUGAUGUUGAUGGAUGUAGUUCAACCCUCACAGAACCUUCCGGAAGUUUUACUUCCCCAAACUUUCCCAAUAAUUAUGACGAUAACAAAGAAUGUAUUUGGUCCAUUAUGACAUCAUAUGGUAGCAGUGUUCAACUAACAAUUGAUGUCUUUGAUGUAGAACACCAUACACAAUGUGAUUAUGAUGUAUUGGAAAUAUACAAUGGCUUGGACACCGACCCCGAUUACAAAUUGGCAACUCUAUGCAACAUGGGUGAUUCCCCACCAUCGCUACCAUUAAUAGUUUCUUCAUCCUCAAAUUUUAUGACUGUCAGAUUUUUAACAGACGCUUACGUGAACGGGCGUGGGUUUAGCGCAAGUUACGAGGAGAUUGUGGGUGAAUGUGGGGGUUUGGUUACCACUAGCAACGGGGCGAUUACUUCACCCAACUAUCCAAACAACUAUGGGAGUAACAAAGAUUGUCAGUGGUUUAUAGACAUCGGGGAAGGUUCAACAAUUAUAAUCACUUUUGAUACUUUUGACCUGGAAUUCACAAACUCGUGUGGAAAAGAUUUUGUUUCAAUAUAUGAUGGGAAUUCCACAUCAGCCAAGUUAUUAUUGUUUGCUUGCGGUUCAAAUAUUCCCGACCCCAUUGUUUCAACCGGACACUCAGUGUAAUGCAA